AUGACCGCAUCUACUACCUGCGAGGCACUAGUCCUCCACGGCGCCAAAGACCUCCGCCUGGAAUCCAAACCCGUCUCCCAACCCGCCCCCUCAGAAGUGCAAGUCGCCAUCCGCGCCACCGGUCUCUGCGGCUCUGACCUGCACUACUACAACCACGGCCGCAAUGGCGACUUCGUCGUCCGCGCGCCCAUGUGCCUGGGCCACGAAUCCUCGGGCAUCGUAACAGCCGUCGCACCGGACGUCACGACCCUGAAAGUCGGCGACCGCGUCGCCCUCGAAGUCGGCCUGCCCUGCCGCCAAUGUCUCCUCUGCCAACAAGGCCGCUACAACAUCUGCCCCGGCAUGCAAUUCCGCAGCUCCGCAAAAGUCUACCCCCAUCUCGACGGCACCCUCAUGGAACUCACCACCCACCCAGCCGCCAUGUGCCACAAGCUCCCGGACAACGUGAGCUACGCCGGCGGCGCCCUCGUCGAGCCGCUCGCCGUAUGCCUCCACGCCAUCCGGCGCUCCCGACCCCCUAGCGCCGCGGACCUCCAAACGGCCCAGAAGCUAGACGACGCAUCGGGAUCGUCAGCGCUCAUCUUCGGCGCCGGCGCCGUCGGCCUCCUCCUCGCGUCGGCCCUGGCCGUGCAAAACGCCUUCUCGACCAUCGUGAUCGCCGACAUCGACGCCUCGCGCCUCGCCAUCGCCGACUCCCUAACCCUGAACCUCCGCACAACCCUCAUCCCCAAACCAGCCACGCCCCCACCGGGCCCGGACGCCCCGGUCGCCGAACAAACCGCCUACGCGCUCACCAACGCCCAAACCCUCGCCGCCUCCCUCAAAGACACCCACUCCGUCGGGGCAGGGUUCGCGCGCGUCUACGACUGCACCGGCGUGCCCGCGUGCGUGCAGGCGGGGAUCUACGCGUCCGCGCCGGGCGGCGUGCUCGUGCAAAUCGGGAUGGGGAACCCCGUGCAGACGGUGCCCGUGGGGGCGGCGGCGUUGCGCGAGGUCGAUAUCAUUGGGGUGUUUCGGUAUGAUGGGCAUGCUUAUCCGGCUGCGAUUGAGCUGAUGGCGAGCGGGCGGUUCGGGGUCGUUGAGGAGAAGGUGGUGACGCAUCGGUUGGGGUUGAGGGAGGGGGAAAGGGCGUUUGGGUUGGCGGGGAAGGGGGUUGAUGAGGUAGGGAGGCCGGUUGUUAAGGUUGUUAUUGAGAGUUAG